AUGGCUGCGGCAAUUGGGAAUCUCUUCGACGUAAAGGGCCGCAUUGCUCUCAUUACCGGCGGUAGCAGUGGGAUAGGGCUGAUGAUCGCGAAGGGCCUCGUCACCAACGGCUCCCGCGUCAUAAUCACCGCCCUCCCCACCGACCCCAUCGAUGAUGUCGUCCACGAACUCAAUGUCCUCGGCUCACCCAGCGGUGGAACAGCAGAAGGAUUCCCGACCGACCUCUCGACCAAGACGUCCAUCGCCGCCCUCGCUACCCAUCUAACCGACACCCUGCACCUCCCGCAUCUCGACAUCCUCGUGUCCAACGCCGGCAUCCGGCGCGACGCGCCCACGCCGUGCCAGGUCACGACAGCCGACCUGCCCACGCUCCAGGCGAGCAUGUGGUCGCACCACCACGGCGACUGGGCCGACACGUUUGCCAUCAACACGACCGCGCACUACUUCCUGGCCGUGGCGCUGGUGCACCUGCUCGCGGCGGCGGCGGACCGGGAUGUCGUCGAAGUCGCGACGGUGCCGGGAACGGAAGGUGGACCGAGCCUGAGGAAGGGCAGGGACGUGGGGUGCGGGAGUGUGGUCGUGACAAGCUCGUGCGCGAGCAUGCACAAUUGCACCAAUGUCGACUUGACGAGCUAUGCCGCGAGCAAGGCUGCGACGGACCAUCUGGUUGCGAUGCUGGCGGCCAAGUUUGCUAGGUGGCAUACGUUGACGGGCGCUGUGUGUGUGUGGACGGUGGCAGGGUAA